GUAAAAAAUUGACAAAAGAAAAAAAAAGUGUAACCAACUUCAGAUAAAAUUCUGUGUGAUUAUUGUUUAUAAGUCACAAAAUGAAAGAUGAAUGACAAUCGUAUUUAUAAUAAACGGCAUUCACAUUCUAAUCAUGAAUUUAAUGUGAAUUAUAAUGAUCAAGGAAAUAUAAAAUCAAUGAAUCAUUCAAUAUACACAAUGUCGAUGUUUUUUCAUGGCGGUCAUUAUGAGACGGUUUUAUUUAAUUUUUGGCAAAUUUCUACUAUCGAUGACCUUAUAAUGUCAAUUGUAGGAGUUAUUAUAAUGGCAACACUCUACGAGGGUCUUAAAUAUUAUAGAGAGUACAUAUUUAUGAGAACUUGCAAUGGACCAAAUUGCAGAGGAAUGUCUCGGGGGAACACUAUAAUAUCUGAUAAUAAUCAAAUCGUAAGAUUAACAAUGAUGUCUUGGAUGCACAUGUAUCAGACAUCUCUUCAUAUUAUACAAGUUUCACUCUCUUAUUUACUGAUGCUAAUUUUUAUGACCUACAACAUUUGGCUAUGUCUUGCUAUUAUUUUUGGAAUAUCAAUUGGUUUCUUUCUAUUUGGUUGGAAAAAAUCUGUUAUAGUCGAUAUUACCGAACACUGUCACUAAAAA